CUGAUUCACGUCGGAACACUCUCCACCGAAACCUGUCAGCAUUUCAACAUCUUUCACAGCCACUCAUAUCCCAACUUUUUUUUUUUUUUGUUAGGAUUGUAUUUUGUUUCUUUCCCACCUCUGAGAGGAAGUACCUCGCUCGGCGGUGAAGAGCGCUUCUUUCCCGGGACUGUGAGAUAACUCAACACCAUGACAACCAUCAACACAGCGAACAUCAAUUUCAAAUGGGACCCAAAGAGCCUGGAGAUCCGUACUCUGGCAGUGGAGAGGCUGCUGGAGCCUCUGGUCACCCAGGUCACCACUUUGGUAAACUCCAGCAACAAAGGUCCAUCCAACAAGAAGAAGGGGCGCUCCAAGAAGGCUCAUGUUUUGGCUGCAUCAGUAGAGACGGCUACACAGAACUUCCUGGAGAAAGGAGAAAAGAUUGCCAAAGAAAGUCAGUUCCUUAAGGACGAGCUGACUGCUGCUGUGGAAGAUGUCCGCAAGCAAGGCGAGUCGAUGCGACAGGCCUCAGGUGAGUUUGCAGAAGACCCCUGCUCCUCUGUGAAGAGGGGCAACAUGGUCCGUGCUGCCAGAGCCCUCCUGUCUGCCGUCACACAUCUGCUGGUGCUGGCGGACAUGUCUGAUGUUUACAAGCUCCUGCUGCAGCUUAAGAUGGUGGAAGACGGUCUGAUCAAAGUGCGCAACGCAGGAACUGAGCAGGACCUGGGAAUCCAAUAUAAGGCCUUGAAACCGGAAGUGGACAAGCUGAACAUGAUGGCUGCCAAGAGACAGCAGGAGCUUAAAGAUGUCCACCACAAGGACCAAAUGGCUGCGGCGCGCGGAGUGCUUCAGAGGAACAUCCCCAUGCUGUACACAGCGUCCCGCGCCUGCCUGCAGCACCCUGACGUGGCGGCCUACAAGGCGAACCGUGACCUGAUCUACAAGCAGCUCCAGCACGCGGUGUCUGGCAUCUCCAACGCCGCUCAGGCCACUACCUCCGAAGACUCGGCGCUCAGUCAGGCAGCAGGGGGCGGAGAGCUUGCCUUUGCCCUCAACAAUUUUGACAAACAAAUCAUCGUGGACCCCCUGGCAUUCAAUGAGGAGCGCUUCCGUCCGUCCCUGGAGGAGCGCCUUGAGAGCAUCAUCAGCGGCGCUGCCCUCAUGGCUGACUCUUCAUGCACACGUGAUGACCGCAGGGAGCGGAUCGUGGCUGAGUGCAACUCUGUGCGCCAGGCUCUUCAGGACCUUCUGUCUGAGUACAUGGGCAAUGCAGGAAGAAAGGACAGAAGUGAUGCUCUGAACACAGCCAUCGACAGGAUGACAAAGAAGACCAGAGACCUUCGCAGACAGCUGCGCAAGGCCGUGAUGGACCACGUCUCUGACUCAUUCCUGGAGACCAAUGUUCCCCUCCUGGUCCUGAUUGAAGCUGCCAAAAAUGGCAACGAGAAAGAAGUGAAGGAGUACGCACAGGUGUUCCGUGAGCACGCCAACAAACUGAUCGAGGUGGCUAACCUGGCAUGCUCCAUUUCCAACAAUGAGGAGGGAGUGAAGCUGGUCCGCAUGGCAGCGUCUCAACUGGAAACUCUGUGUCCCCAGGUGAUUAAUGCAGCGUUGGCCCUUGCUGCCAAGCCCAACAGUAAGGUGGCCCAGGACAAUAUGGAUCUGUUCAAGGAUCAGUGGGAGAAGCAGGUCCGCGUUCUCACUGAUGCCGUCGAUGACAUAACAUCGAUUGACGACUUCCUCUGUGUGUCUGAGAACCACAUCCUGGAGGAUGUAAACAAGUGUGUCAUCGCGCUGCAAGAGAAAGAUGUGGACGGUCUGGACCGCACCGCCGGGGCUAUUCGAGGCCGUGCUGCCAGAGUUGUGCACGUGGUCACAUCUGAGAUGGACAAUUAUGAACCUGGAGUCUACACAGAGAAGGUCCUGGAGGCCACUAAACUCCUCACUGAUACAGUCAUGCCACGGUUCACAGAGCAAGUGGAGUCUGCAGUGGAGGCCUUGAGUGCAAACCCCACGCAGCCCGUGGAUGAGAAUGAGUUCAUCGACGCCUCCCGCCUGGUGUAUGAUGGCAUCCGCGACAUCCGUAAGGCUGUCCUCAUGAUCAGGACUCCGGAGGAACUGGAUGACUCCGACUUCGAGACGGAGGACUUCGACGUCCGCAGCAGGACCAGCGUGCAGACGGAGGACGACCAGCUCAUUGCUGGCCAGAGCGCCCGUGCUAUCAUGGCCCAGUUGCCCCAGGAGCAGAAGGCGAAGAUUGCGGAGCAGGUGGCGAGCUUCCAGGAAGAGAAGAGCAAGCUGGACGCGGAGGUGUCCAAGUGGGACGACAGCGGAAACGACAUCAUUGUGUUGGCUAAACAGAUGUGCAUGAUCAUGAUGGAGAUGACAGACUUCACCAGGGGGAAAGGGCCACUGAAAAACACGUCGGAUGUCAUCAGCGCUGCCAAGAAGAUCGCCGAGGCCGGAUCAAGGAUGGACAAGCUGGGUCGCACCAUUGCUGACAAUUGCCCGGACUCCACCUGCAAGCAGGACCUGCUGGCCUACCUGCAGCGCAUCGCCCUGUACUGCCACCAGCUCAACAUCUGCAGCAAGGUCAAGGCCGAAGUUCAGAACCUGGGGGGAGAGCUGGUCGUGUCCGGGCUGGACAGCGCCAUGUCCCUCAUCCAGGCCGCCAAGAACCUGAUGAACACGGUGGUGUCCACCGUCAAGGCGUCCUACGUGGCGUCCACCAAGUACCAGAAGAGCAAGAACAUGGAGUCGCUCAACAUGCCGGCCAUCUCCUGGAGGAUGAAAGCCCCCGAGAAGAAGCCCCUGGUGAAGAGGGAGAAGCAGGACGACGGCCAGACCAACAGGGUCAAGAGGUCGUCCCACAAGAAGCACGUCAACCCCGUGCAGGCCCUGAGCGAGUUCAGGGCCAUGGAUAACAUCUAGAGAGCCGCGCCGCUCAGAUUAUCAGUUUAUAUAUAGAUCCAGCUGUCAGAGAAUAAAGGUUUUAACAUAUUUCUUCUAUCUUUCCAUUGACGGCUUGUCCGUUUGACCCGUUCUAAUCCGUUUCUGUUGCACACGCUCACACGGACUCCUGUCGUUCACCGUCUGCUCUGGUAGGCGCUGUUAGAGGGAAAUCAACUGGACAAAGUCUGUUUUUGUUUUUUUUUUUAAUGUGUAUAUUUCUCACUUUUCCUCCAUGUGUAUGAGGCGGGCGUGGCUUCAUUAGAUGAGAGAACUAAUUCCAGGUUGCUUUUGAUUUUCUUAGUUGCAGCCGCGGCUUCAUCUCCGGGGGUUUUCCACUGUAAUGUUUGAUCGUGGCCGGAUACCUUUUCUACUGCAAAUAUCAGCUAUGCAAAUUUCUCAGCUGCCUUAUUCUACGUGUAGUCAGUGUGGACGUGCUGGGCUGAGACUGUUCUCCACGUGCCUCCAUUUUUUAUUCCCUCACGCCGCCGUAAACUAAACAUUUUUAGCGUGUGUCCGUGUGACUCUUGAUUUGUACUCUUCUUAUGAUUUAUCCAUCUCGAGUGGCUUUCUUUUUCCUGUUGACGAACCAAAGGUGGCGGAUUCCUGUUGAGCACGCGGCCGGCCCAGGCUCUGUGGCUGAGCCCCCGCGGCUCGCCGUCGCCGCGUCAGAGCCCGGCGGGCCGGAGAGCGAGCGGAGCGUGCAUGAGUCCUGUCCAAAGCCGGCAAGCUUCAUUAACUGUCAAAGAGACCAAACACCUCCACUUUCCCAAUGUCUCCAAGCCCGGGGAUCAAUACGCUCCCUCCCGACGGCCCGAGACAGCGGCCGGCUGACGUCGGGCUUUCGUUGCUUGUGUUCCUCGUCUUUAAGCCCGUACACUAAUCGAGACUUUACGUCAUGUACAAUCCUUAGAAGCAACCCUCCAGAUGUAGAGCUUUGCGAUGCAUGCUUUUAUUAGAUUUUUUACCUCCAUCAAACCUCCAGGUUGGAUUAAUGUGUUGCGAGGCUCUGAGAUGGAACAUCUGUGAGCCGCAGCAGGACGGGCGGGCCGGGCCGGGCCGUUCCCCAGGUGGCGUUAGGUUUGGAUUUCAAUCCAGAGUGAUAUCAAUCUCCUUUGCCGUGGAUUCCCCUUUUUGUUAUUGAGAGCUGACUUAUUAGUGCACACGUUUCUGAUAUCAAUGUGCUUGCUUUAUAUCUUAAUAAAGAUUGAAAAGAAUAAAA